CCUAGAAGAAAGCAUAGAGAUAGUUCUUUAUAAGAUCAGAGUGUGAGUUCCCCUUUCUGUUUUACUCUGGUUUCUGUCUUACUGUCUAAACACGAACUACAUCAACUGCCUACGCACCCCUUUACUUUCAGAGCAGGUGCUCUGGGGUGCUGCUGUGCAGCCAUGUCAGUCAGGGGCCCUCCCCUCCUCUUUCCCCACAGCACAAUGAGUUUGGCCACCUCUCUACCCCUUCCUUUCUCCCUUUGCUUUCCUUUCCUUUCCUACCAUUUUGGGAGCUCUAUGUUAAAUUAAAUUUCGCCUAGUGACGAGCAGAGGCCGUAAAUGGAGCCAGUCUCUGUGCCCAGGCCUGUCAUGCUCCUGCCUUCUGGAAGGUUCUGUGGGGCCCCUCUGGCAGCCCCAGCUCCCAGCAGGGGUGAGCGGGCGCCAUGCCAAGCUUAGGCUGCGUCUUUCUGUCUGCUGAGGGCCAGCAGCCUCUGGAGCUGGGUGCUGAGACAGGAUUACCUCAUGGCAGAUCCCCCUCUGGUCGGGAGUGUGCUGGAGAAGAGAAUUGGGUGGACAGUCGGACUAUUUAUGUGGGGCAUCGUGAACCACCUCCCGGCACUGAAGCAUACAUUCCACAGAGAUUUCCAGAUAACAGGAUAGUCUCAUCAAAGUACACAUUUUGGAACUUUAUACCGAAAAAUUUGUUUGAGCAGUUCAGAAGAAUAGCUAACUUCUAUUUUCUCAUCAUUUUUCUUGUUCAGUUAAUUAUUGAUACACCUACUAGUCCAGUUACAAGCGGACUUCCACUUUUAUUUGUCAUCACUGUAACAGCUAUCAAACAGGGUUAUGAAGAUUGGCUUCGACAUAAAGCUGACAAUGCAAUGAACCAAUGCCCUGUUCAUUUCAUUCAACAUGGUAAACUGGUUAGAAAGCAAAGCCGAAAAUUGAGAGUUGGAGAUAUUGUGAUGGUAAAAGAAGAUGAAACAUUCCCAUGUGACUUAAUAUUUCUAUCCAGUAGUAGAGGAGAUGGAACGUGUUUUGUUACAACAGCUAGUUUGGAUGGUGAAUCCAGUCAUAAGACUCACUAUGCCGUUCAAGAUACAAAGGCAUUUCACAGUGAACAAGAAAUUGAUGCAUUACAUGCUACCAUUGAAUGUGAACAACCUCAGCCUGACCUUUAUAAAUUUGUUGGUCGAAUAAAUAUUUACCAUGAUAGUAAUGAGCCUACUGCAAGGCCAUUAGGAUCCGAAAAUCUGCUCCUUAGAGGAGCCACUUUAAAGAAUACCGAAAAAAUCUUUGGUGUUGCUAUUUACACUGGCAUGGAAACUAAGAUGGCGUUAAAUUACCAGUCAAAAUCACAGAAACGAUCUGCUGUAGAAAAAUCAAUGAAUGUAUUCCUUAUUGUAUACCUCUGUAUUCUCAUCAGUAAAGCACUAAUAAAUACUGUCCUGAAGCAUGUCUGGGAGAGUCAAGACUAUCGUGAUGAGCCAUGGUAUAAUUGGAAAACAGAGCCAGAAAGGAAAAGGAAUGUGUUUCUUCAGGCAUUUACAGACUUCCUUGCGUUCAUGGUUCUUUUCAACUACAUUAUUCCUGUAUCCAUGUAUGUCACUGUGGAAAUGCAAAAAUUUCUUGGUUCUUAUUUCCUUACAUGGGAUGAGGAGAUGUUUGAUGAAGACACAGGUGAAGGACCACUGGUAAAUACAUCUGAUCUCAAUGAAGAGUUGGGACAGAUUGAGUAUGUCUUCACAGAUAAAACAGGAACAUUAACGGAGAACAACAUGGAAUUUGUAGAAUGUUGCAUUGAGGGGCAUGUUUAUAUACCACAUGUUAUCUGCAAUGGCCAAAUUCUCCAUGAUUGUACAGGCAUUGAUAUGAUAGAUUCUUCUCCAGGAGGAAGUGGAAAGGAGAGAGAGGAGCUAUUUUUCCGAGCUCUUUGUCUUUGCCACACUGUUCAAGUAAAAGAUGAUGACAAUGUAGAUGGAUUGAAGAAAAACCAUCUCUCAAGAAGAUCUCGUAUAUAUAUAUCAUCAUCACCUGAUGAAGUUGCUUUAGUUGAGGGAAUACAGAGACUUGGUUACACCUAUCUAAGCCUGAAGGACAAUUACAUGGAGAUCUUAAAUCGGGAAAAUAACAGAGAAAAGUUUGAAUUAUUAGAGGUUUUGAGUUUUGAUUCUGUGAGACGGAGAAUGAGUGUAAUUGUUAAAUCUUCAACAGGUGAUAUAUUUCUGUUUUGUAAGGGAGCAGAUUCUUCCAUAUUUCCUAGAGUUAAAGAAGGCAAAAUUGACCAAAUACGAUCCAGAGUUGAACGCAAUGCAGUGGAGGGACUGCGAACGCUGUGUGUUGCAUAUAAAAAGCUCACAGCCGAAGAAUAUAGCAAUGCACAGAAGCUGCUUCAAAAUGCAAAGUUGGCCCUCCAGGACCGGGAAAAGAAAUUGGCAGAAGCGUAUGAGAAGAUAGAAAGAGAUUUUAUUUUACUUGGUGCUACAGCUGUUGAAGAUCGGCUACAAGAAAAAGCUGCUGACACUAUUGAAGCGCUCCAGAAAGCUGGAAUUAAAGUUUGGGUUCUGACGGGAGACAAAAUGGAGACUGCUGCAGCUACUUGCUAUGCUUGCAAACUCUUCCGGAGAAACACACAAAUACUUGAGCUAACGACAAAGAAAAUUGAGGAACAGAGUUUACACGAUGUGCUUUUUGAUCUAAGCAGAACCGUCCUAAGACACAGUGACAGCCUAACCAGGGAUAGUUUGUCAGGGCUUUCAACUGAUAUGCAAGAUUAUGGUUUAAUUAUUGAUGGAGCGGCAUUAUCAUUAAUAAUGAAACCAAGACAAGAUGGGAGCUCAGCUAACUACAGAGAGCUCUUUCUUGAAAUUUGCAGGAACUGCAGUGCGGUGUUAUGCUGUCGAAUGGCACCUCUACAAAAAGCACAGAUUGUAAAAUUGAUUAAGUUAUCAAAGGAGCACCCUAUCACAUUAGCAAUUGGUGAUGGAGCAAAUGAUGUCAGUAUGAUUCUAGAAGCACAUGUUGGUAUAGGAAUCAUUGGCAAAGAAGGUCGUCAAGCAGCAAGAAACAGUGACUAUGCAAUACCUAAAUUUAAACAUUUGAAAAAAAUGUUGCUUGUUCAUGGGCAUUUCUAUUAUGUUAGAAUAUCUGAACUUGUGCAAUACUUCUUUUAUAAGAAUGUCUGCUUCAUUUUUCCUCAGUUUUUGUAUCAGUUCUUCUGUGGGUUUUCACAACAGCCUUUAUAUGAUACUGCGUAUCUAACACUGUACAAUAUCAGCUUCACUUCCCUUCCUAUCCUCUUGUACAGUCUAAUGGAACAACAUGUCAGUGCAGACACACUCAAGAGAGAGCCUUCCUUAUACAGAGAUGUUGCCAAGAAUGCUUUGUUGCGCUGGCGUGCGUUUAUUUAUUGGACAUUCCUAGGAGUGUUUGAUGCUGUGGUAUUUUUCUUCGGUGCCUAUUUCUUGUUUGACAACACAAUUGUGACCAGCAAUGGACAGAUGUUUGGAAACUGGACCUUUGGAACACUGGUGUUUACUGUGCUUGUAUUCACAGUUACAUUAAAGCUUGCACUAGAUACACACUAUUGGACGUGGAUAAAUCACUUCAUGAUCUGGGGAUCACUACUAUUCUACAUUGUCUUUUCUCUGCUCUGGGGAGGAAUUAUUUGGCCUUUUCUCAAUUAUCAGAGGAUGUAUUAUGUGUUCAUGCAAAUGCUAUCUAGUGGUCCUGCGUGGCUGGGUAUAAUUCUGCUCAUAACUGUCAGCCUUCUUCCAGAUGUUCUCAAGAAGGUCUUAUGCAGACAGUUGUGGCCUACAGCAACAGAAAGAAUCCAGAAUGCAUCAAGGCACUGCCGGGACCACAUCUCGGAAUUCACACCUCUUGCCUGUCUGAAAAGCCCAAGAUAUAGGAGCAAUGACUGCAGCAGUUCCCCAGCAAGAAGGUCUAAUUCUCAUUCUAAAAAAAUGAUGUUUACGCACUGGAGGGGCAUUGAUUAUUCAGUACUUCCAUCUGUCUUUGGCUAUUCAAAUAAGCAUUGUCGUUCCAGUGCAGGCUACCACUACAGUGGGUCAGGUUUGGAAACAUCUGUAUGACAGAACACCAACUCAAGCCUUUAAAAACUAUACCUUUGUUUAUUUCUUUUUUCAGGAAACAAAUAUGUCACAUAUUAAACUAUACGUGGCUUUUGCUGUCUGAGGUAAUGUUCAGACAAACAGGAUCAAGAGCUGGAAGUACGAAACCUUCCAGGCCGAUAGGCCUCUUUUUAUGUUUUGAACUACUGGAGCAAUGAACAAUCUGCACAGUCUGGUACUGUGAGACUGGUAGCACUAAAAUUUCUCUUCAUCCUGUGUCAAGACUUUUGAGCAUUUAUUGCUUCUGUCAUCUUUAGUCAUUUUCUUUGUUACUUGAAGUGUAUAGUUUCAGUCAGUGACCUACAUUUUGAGAUCAACAGUUUUAAUUUUCAGCCAGAAGCGAUGACCUCAGUUAUCUCCAAUGAAAGUCUCCUAAAGCAUAUUUAGUAAGUGCUGUUUCUGAUUUUCCUCUGUCCUUUUUCUUUCUUUGCUCUUUCUAUAGAACAAACUGGUGUUUCCUCUGUGCAAAUCUGCUUUCAAGAAACACUCUCUAAUGUUCACUUCCUUGUAAGUGGCCAAAUCAGGGCUAUGUAUGGUUUGCAGUUAGUUUUCCCCUGUAGAAAGAUAGGCAUAACAAUCCUUGUGUACCUUAUGUGCACGCUAUAUGAAGUCAAGUUGGCUGUUCAAUAGGUAGAUAUCAGUGUUUCUAUCUACUCAAAAACUGAAUGUAAGGAUUUUGCCUCAAAUGUCCUUGUGAAUUCAUCAGAGAUGCAGGUAACCAGUAUUCCCACUUUUUAACUCUCUGUAACUUUGAAGUAUGCAUAGUAGAAAAUAUUAUAUAUUGAGCUUUUUUGUCUUUUUUUUCUUAAAAAAGGCUAUUUUUCCAAAUAAGCAUAUUUUACUAUCUGGAUUCAUCCUUUUAAUUUUCAGUUGUUUUUAAUCUUUUUUUUUUUUAAUUAUGUGGGUAAAUACAAGCUGAUUGGUUCAGUAGAUACAUUACAAAGCAUGUAGUACCCAGCCGUUACCUUUUGCAAGCAAACCAGUAGGUGGCACACGGCUAUUACUAACAGUUGGAACACAAUUAUGAUAGAAUUUAGUUGAACUGCAAAGAUUCUGUUUGAAAUACUUCCAAGUGUGACAGCCAACUUGUACCUGUUUUCUCUGCUACAUAUAUGUUACCUUGCACUAAUUCAACUGUUAGCUGUGUUCUCGUCUUGUUUCUUUAGUCCAGUGUUUUAUUUUGGGGUGCAAAACUACCUGAAGGAGUAAUCUGAUUUCAAUCUAGUUUAGCCUGAUGUUUAUAACCAGUUAAUAACCACAGUCAUUAAAUACUUCUGGGAGGAUGUUAGCUAAAAAUUCAUUGCAAUGUGAAAACGAAAUAUGUGGAGUCAGGGCUGCAGCCUUUAUUGGAAGACUUGACCAAUAUCUUGUUAGUUGUCUGUUUAAUGGACAAGGCUGGUGGAGAAAAAACAUUUCCCCUUUUUGCAUUUAAAAAAGAAAAAGUUGAGACAAAAUAAUUUACUUGACAAUUUACUUUUUAAUAAAAGAUCAAUCAACUUACUAGGAAGUAUUCCUCACAAUAUUCCAAGUGACUUUCCAGUUCAACAAUGAAAUAUUGAAAAUGCCCUGGGACAAACAGAGAUUGUAAAGUGAGUUGUGAAAUUUUCAUUAUACCAAAGAUAGGGGAAGAGGACUUAAAAAGGCUAAUGGUGAGCACCACAAAUGAAGGUAUCUUUAACAUUUAACAUGUAGCACUUUUAAGUUUCAAAGAAUGUCCUCAUUGCAGAAACAUUUUGAAAUACAUACAUAUGUAUGUGGGUGUGGGUGUGUGUACAUAUAUACGCCAUUGCAUACUUGAAUGUUGGUCAGUUCAAACCGUCCCCUACAUAAAACACUGGUGUAUAUAUUUUAAAAAAAAAGUUAAUAUGGGUAUAAAUUUUAUACCAGUAGCAGUGACAAAUUUCUUGUGUGUAGUUAACAAAUUAUUUGUAAUGUAUUUUUUAGAAAUCUUAAAAUUGCCUUUGCACUGAAAUAUUUUUCAUACUGUAGCUAUUUAUAAAUCUGUUUUACGCAUACAUUUGUUAACACACCAUUUCUAUUUUUUUUAAGUAUAUGUUUUGAAGGCUUUUUUUAUACUUAUGAGUUUGGGCCACUUAAAUUUAGCUUAGAGUGGAGUUGUGGCUGAAUGUUAAAAUUCUAAUGAAUGUUAAAUUAGAAAUAUAGGUCUGUUGCUCUGUCAAUGUCACCUAAACUAUUCAUGUUUUGCUGGGAUUUGUGAUUGCAGCAAGUAGAGUGAUAUACUUUCUGUGCUGUGCUAUUACUGCUAGCUUUUCUAUUCUAUAAAGCCUCCUGCUUUUUUACUUACUGAGUUCCAUCUUUUAGCCUUAAAUAAGGAGAUUUUUGCUUGAUGCUUUCGAAAAUGCUGCAUUCCUGUUCUGCCUACUAACAAAGCAGUUCAUUGCAAACUUCAUGUAGACCAGCACUUAGAAAUUAUCGUCAAUGUUAUUCAGGCCAAAACACCUACAUAAGUGCUUGGGAAAAUUUAGUCGACCAUGUUCAUUUUUUGGAGGAGGAAGAAUGCUUGAAUUUAAGUGGAAGUUUCUGCUUUGAUUUAGCAAUACUUUUACCUUUAAAAGUUGGUACUGUUCGUUAAAAUAGAACGUUCAAUGGAAAAUACAAAUGACAUCAACUCGGUUUCACUUGCUAUGUUUUUGCUUCAGUCCCUGUUACUCUUGCCAUGCAAACCUAGUCCACUGCAGCAGGUGGUAACUUGGAGUUUCGCUGUAAAUGGAUCGUAAAAUUCAGAGAUGAAAAAGUAGAAGUUAGAUCAAAAUGAAUUAGAAUGUUUUAUUAUGGAUGGGGCACUGAGAGGAGACAGAUUUUUAUAUAUUAUAAGAAUUAAGGGGGAAAAGUAUAAAAAUCUAUAUAACUUCCUAACUCGCCUUGUUUAAAUUGUUGCAGCUUUAACAGCGUAAUGUCUCCAUAACUGCUUCUAUAAAUGUCUUGAAACUGGUAAGCGCUAACCAAAUGUAUGUGAAGACUUAGAAAGUAUUUCAAGCUUCUCAGCCACUGAAGUCCAUAUAUUUUCUGCAGUGGCUUGUGGCAAAAGACAUGGAUCUUUUUAAUUUUACAAUGUACAAUAAUUGUUUGUUCAGCCACUUAAUAUAAAAGCUUACAGUUUACUUUCUUGCUUGCAUUAGCCUGUCUUGUCCCAACUGGCUUGCAAAUAUAAAAGUUAAAAAUAGCUUAAUUGAGCCAACUGCACUACUUUUCUUUUUGGAAGCCAGUGGGAUCAUUGUGCUCAUGCUACUGUCUCUGUUAAAAAAAAAAGCUUUAAUGGAAAUUUGUGAAAGUAUUAUGAAAGUGAAAAAGUAUGUGAUUCUACUUUGCAGAAUAAUCUAAAAAUCAGUUUAUAUAGCUUUAAUUUUUUACCUUAUGAAAAUUCACAGAAUUUUAAUAUGCGUUGUCUCUGACAAAUUCUGUGCUAUGUACACGCUGCAUUUUAAAUGUCCUUUCAUGAUCUAAUGUAAAGUAGAAUCUGCGAAAGUGCUGUAUGGGGGCUGGGGGGUAGUUUUCUGUGCAUUAAACAUUUAAGAUGUCUGUAGUCAUCAGCACCAAAUACUGACACUUGUUUUUAAUUGUACAAUUAUAGGUGCAUUUAUUUGAAAAUAAAUCAGCCUUCAAAUCUAAUGUUUAGAUUAUCCUAUACCACUUCAUUUAUUUGCUUUGAAGAGUCAGUGUGUGAAUACAUUACUGUAAAGUUUCUUUUCAGUGCUAUUUUUAACUUUAAUUUCUGUAGAUAACCAAAUAUAACUUGUUUAUAUUCAGUCACAUUUUGGAUCCUUAUGUAGAAUAUAUAAGCAGGAGACAUGGAUCUGCUUGCAAUAAAUAUAAACAUUCAAGACUGGUUUAAGUUUGCUCACGAGUAAUUAAAACAAUUCAAGUAUGAAUAUGAAAUGAUUUCAUAUUAGUCUGUAAUAAAAUGUAAGUAGAGAACAGAAAA